CCUGCUUCUGAGAAAUGUCCACCAACGAGACAGAAGCCACUGCCAGCACCCAGGUGUCAGCGGAAGAACCGGUACAGCAGCCCAGCGUGGUGGACCGCGUGGCCGGCAUGCCACUCAUCAGCUCCACCUGCCACAUGGUGUCCGCCACCUACAUGUCCACCAAGGAGAGCCAUCCCCACGUCAAGACUGUGUGCGACGCGGCCGAGAAGGGCGUGAAGACCCUCACGGCGGUCGCUGUCAGCGGGGCACAGCCCAUCCUGUCCAAACUGGAGCCCCAGCUCACAUCGGCCAGUGAAUACGCCCACAGGGGGCUGGACAAACUGGAGGAGAAUCUGCCCAUCUUGCAGCAGCCACCGGAGAAGGUCCUGGCAGACACCAAGGAGCUUGUGUCGUCCAAAGUGUCGGGAGCCCGAGAAGCUGUGUCCAACACCGUGUCCAGCGCCAGGGACACCAUGGCCUCCCGGGUGACCGAGGCGGUGGAGGUGACCCGGGGUGCUGUGCAGAGUGGCGUGGACAUGACCAAGUCCAUGUUGACCAGUGGCGUCCACUCGGUCAUGGGCUCCCGCGUGGGCCAGAUGGUGCUGAGCGGGAUGGACACGGUGCUGGGCAAAUCGGAGGAGUGGGUAGACAACCACCUGCCCAUGACGGACACUGAGCUUGCCCGCCUCGCCACCUCCCUGGAGGGCUUCGACAUCGCCUCAGUGGCCCAGCAGCGGCAGGAACAGAGCUACUUUGUGCGUCUGGGCUCCCUGUCAGAGAGGCUGCGCCAGCGUGCCUACGAACACUCUCUGGGUAAACUGCAGAGCACCAGGCAGAGGGCCCAGGAGGCGCUGCUACAGCUCUCACAGACACUCAGCCUGAUGGAAACCGUCAAGCAGGGUGUCGACCAGAAGCUAGUGGAGGGUCAGGAGAAACUACACCAGAUGUGGCUCAGCUGGAACCAGAAGCAGCUCCAGGGCCCAGAGGAGGAUGCAGCCAAGCCAGAGCAGGUUGAGUCCCAGACACUCACCAUGUUCCGUGACAUCGCCCAGCAGCUGCAGACCACCUGCGCCUCGCUGGGCUCCAGCCUCCAGGGGCUGCCCGCCCACAUCAAGGACCAGGCGCUGCAGGCUCGCCGCCAGGUGGAGGACCUCCAAGCCACCUUCUCUGGCAUCCACUCCUUCAAGGACCUGUCCAGCAGCAUCCUGACGCAGAGCCGCGGGCAGGUGGCCAGGGCCCGAGAGGCCCUCGACCACGUGGUGGAGUAUGUGGCCCAGAACACGCCCAUCACGUGGCUGGUGGGACCCUUCGCCCCCGGAAUCACCGAGAAGGCCCCAGAAGAGAAGAAACAGAAGCAGGAGGGAGGCUCCUAG